UGGCACACCGGUCAGGACCAUCCCCCUAAUCCCAGCGGCACACCGGGCUGGGACUCCGGGGGUACUCCCGUCUCACACCGGCUUUUCAGAGGCACGCCGGGCAGAGGCACACCGGGCAGGGCCCAUCCCGGGCAGAGGCACAGUCACCCCCCCCCCCACCAUCAGGCAGGACUCCCUCCCACAUCGGGGGGGGUGACUGAAGGAUUCCGGGCAGAGGCACCAUCGGGCAGGACUCCGGGCAGAGGCACAUCGGGCAGGAUAUCAAGACGGGCAGAGGCACAUCGGAUUACCAGGCGAAGCAGCAGGCAGCGGGCCACCAGGCGGAGCAGCAGGCACCGGGCCCCCGGGCGGGGCGACAGGCAUUGCCGGGCCCCCAACAGUGGCGCGGCGGGCACCGAGACACCAGGCACGACAGUGGGCUCCGAGUCAACUGGUAUGACCGCAGGCACUGGGUCAGACAUUGGAUGGUCUGGCUGGACAGCGGGCAUCGGGUCACCAGGCAUCAAGUCAUUUGGCUCGACAGCGAGCACCGCGUCAUCUGGCAAGGCAGUGGGCUCCGAGUCAACUGGC